UUUUAAUUUAGAAGGAAAAACAAAAGUUUGCCGUUCCCGGGGUCUUUCUGGCUUCACAACGCGGGGUUUAAAACAGCUUUUCUCUCCCAUCUGCGGUCCAAACAGCAAGAAACUUGCCCGAAUGAAAGUCCACUGUCUUCUCUUCACUCUCCGAAGAAACUGGGGUGAUUUUGCGGCACUCGUUUUACGAAAAAUAUGAAUUUAUAACUCCGAAGAAACACAGACUCGGAGGAGGAAAAGCUCUUCCUGGCUAACAGUUAGGCGGGCUCUGCAAAGCACCAAUCACAGAUCACCGCUUCGCUAUAAAUUCAGGCAUCGGGGUUACUGUAGCCCAAUUACUUUCUUUUGAUUAGGAAGAAGUCUCUGCAGCGAUGUCGGAGACCGCUCCCGCCGCCGCUCCCGCCGUCGCGGCCCCCGCCGCCAAGGCCGCCGCCAAGAAGCCGAAGAAGGCGGCGAGCGGCUCCAAAGCCCGCAAGCCCGCGGGGCCCAGCGUCACCGAGCUGAUCACCAAGGCCGUGUCCGCCUCCAAGGAGCGCAAGGGGCUCUCGCUCGCCGCGCUCAAGAAGGCGCUGGCCGCCGGCGGCUACGAUGUGGAGAAGAACAACAGCCGCAUCAAGCUGGGGCUCAAGAGCCUCGUCAGCAAGGGCACCCUGGUGCAGACCAAGGGCACCGGCGCCUCCGGCUCCUUCCGCCUCAGCAAGAAACCCGGGGAAGUGAAGGAAAAAGCCCCGAAGAAGAGAGCAGCUGCGGCCAAGCCUAAGAAGCCGGCGGCGAAGAAGCCCGCCAGCGCCGCCAAGAAGCCCAAGAAGGCGGCAGCGGUGAAGAAGAGCCCCAAAAAAGCCAAGAAGCCGGCGGCCGCCGCAGCCAAGAAGGCAGCGAAGAGCCCCAAGAAGGCGACAAAGGCUGCCAAGCCCAAAAAAGCCGCGGCAGCAGCCAAGAGCCCGGCUAAGGCGAAAGCAGUGAAGCCCAAAGCAGCCAAGCCCAAGGCGGCCAAGCCGAAAGCAGCCAAGGCGAAGAAGGCAGCGCCGAAGAAAUGAAGUGUUGAAGUGGAAAUACUUUUAAACCCAACGGCUCUUUUAAGAGCCACCCACUAUUGUCCCCAAAAGGGCUGAUACACUCCGUCACUGAGCUCCGUGCCUGCAGCAUAGCCAACUAUUCUCCACUAUCCGUGUGGGACGUUCGUAUGUGGAGUGGAUGGGACGCUAAACUUCCGGCCCUGGUUUUACUCUAAGACUUGGAAAAAUAAAAGUUUACAUUCCCGGC